UUGAGGUGACCGACCGGCACGUGAUCCGUGUGUGAUGCAUGUGUCAGUUUUUGUGGCUUAGACUCAAGAUUAAUAUAUAAGUCGAACCUCACCUAAUCCUCAGCUAAUCUCUAACAAAAUGUCACAAAUACCACCUCAGGUGCAUGAAACAAUAGAACAGUUCUUCAAGAGUAGCUCGACUUGGUCACUAUUUUCGUUUCUCCAGUACAGAGAGGGUGUAGACGAUUUCACAUGACAAAGUGAAAGAGCAUAUGUUAUACAAGAGUGCUCUGAAUUUGUUAUCCAAAGAUCACGAUCAAGCUCGAAAGUGUCUUCUUAAUUUUGAGAAUGAGAGAUCUUCUGGGAAUGUCCACAAUUUCUGGACAACGAUCGAAAAAAAACGCUACGGGGAUCGAAUUGGCAUCGCAAGGGCUGAUGGUGUCUUACGCAUGUUAGAAGGCACGACCGCUGGUCAACAGCAUGUUUUUAAUAUUCAGCAACAAGACCUCCUCGGUCUAUACCAAUCCGGCGACAAUGAUUUGACAAAUACAUCUAUGUUGUCAUUGUCAAAUAUUUUAAAUCAUCCAGGAAAGCGCAAGUCUGAGGGAGAUCAUCAGCCCAAGACACCACCUAUGAGACCUCGUAAAGUAACUGUUACGACCCCAGAAAAGCCAACCCUUUACAAACACACUAUGCAACACCUGGCUAAACAUUUUUCAGUCUACGUUAACAAUCAAUGUGUGAUAAUGAAAGUAGAUCAUGUUGAUCUAAUUCCGAAAGAAAUUCGUAUUUGGAUUGUAAAUGUAUUAUCAUCAGAAAAAGAUGUGUUCGAAAGCAAUAUUAUGGCUCCACUAAAUUCAACUCAAGCCCAUCCAUUUCAACAAAUCUGCAAAACAAUUUUAUAUGACUUCUUUUCCAUGACUGAUAAAGGCCCAUUAAAUCGUUUUAUUGGAGAAAGGAAGUAUACCGUGGAUAGGAUAGUGCCUUUAUUCAAGGCGAUUCAAUCGGUAUAUCGAGAGUAUUCAUUUGAUUGGAUCGAAGUACAAGCAAGUUGCAUAAAAGAUAUAAAAGAAUUGUUUCCAGAAUUCGAUUUCACACUAAAUAAAGUUGAUGGAAUUGGUUCUAAGGUUUCAAGCAAUAAAGAAAUGAAGUUUCUGGAGGACCGGAGAAUGCUGUUAUGAAACACGUCAAAGAGGAUACUGAAAAACUCAUCAAGGAGGCUAUGUUUGGUUUGAUCUCUUUGCUUAGAGGCUACUUAGGUAAAGGCGCGGAAAAGGCAAGAAACAUAUGCGUAUAUAUGGUGCAAUGUAUAGGUAAUAUACUUACUGUCUUAUAAUUAUAAUUUCUUUUAAUCCAUACAAAUCUUAUUUUUGUUGUUCACGUUAGGUGAUCGAAUUGAAGCAUUU